AUGAUGAUGAAGAACUUCAGCACUCAGAUCCUCUUCUCUGGAAUGGGCAGUAACAGCAGCAGUCAGUUCAUGGGAUUACAGCUUCUCCAUUCCUUCAAACCUCUCAUUAUCCCCUGUUACUCACUUGUGGUAUGCAUAGGCAUUAUUGGCAAUUACCUCCUCAUCUACGUCAUCUGCAAAACCAAGAAGAUGCACAAUGUCACCAACUUCCUUGUAGGAAACCUGGCAUUUUCUGAUAUGUUGAUGUGUGCCACAUGUGUGCCACUCACCUUGGCUUAUGCAUUUGAACCACAGGGAUGGGUUUUUGGCCACUUCAUGUGCUAUUUUGUCUACUUGAUGCAGCCGGUCACUGUGUAUGUUUCAGUCUUCACCUUGACAGUAAUAGCUGUGGACAGAUACCAUGCCACAGUAUACCCUCUGAGGAGAAGACUCACCAUUCCCAUCUGUGCCUACAUUUUGUCUGGUAUUUGGUUGCUAAGUUGUCUGAUGGCCACACCAGCUUUGGUUCACACCUACCACAUUGAGUUUCCAGACUUGGAUUUAUCCAUCUGUGAGGAGUUCUGGUUUGGAAUGGAGAAGAAACGCCUUGCCUAUGCAUAUAGCACUCUGAUUCUCACUUAUGCCCUUCCCCUGAUUGUCAUCUCACUGUCCUACCUCAGGAUAUCUGUCAAGCUGAAGAACAGAGUGGUUCCAGGGAACAUUACUUAUAUUCAGGCUGAGUGGGAUAGAGCCAGGCGAAGGAAGACCUUCCGUUUGUUGGUGCUAGUUGUUGGGGCUUUUGGGGUGUGUUGGCUGCCUCUGCAUAUAUUCAAUAUUAUGAAAGAUAUUGAUAUUGAUCUCAUUGACAAACAAUAUUUUAACUUGGUACAGCUCUUGUGUCACUGGUUCGCAAUGAUGUCUGCAUGCACCAACUCAUUCCUCUAUGCCUGGCUACAUGACAGCUUCAGGGGGGAACUGAAGAAGAUGUUCUUAUGGAGGAGAAGGAGGGUUGGACCCACAGCCCCAUGUGUUCUAAGUGUGGUUCUCUAA